AUUGACAUGCAUUUCAUAUAAACAUCUUUGUGUCUGUCUCUACUAGCUAGUAGACAUACAAGAGACAUGGGCUCUGUUUAUUUUUUAUUGAUCAUAAUGCUCAGCCUCACCGUCGCAAUGAUCACAUACAAUACAAUAACCUCAACACAAUCCCUCAAACAGGAGCUGUCAGUUGAGUCGAAAGCUCAUGUUCUGUCAGCGGAUCCUGUCAUAGAGAUGCCUACACACAGCAAAAGUUCCGAGAAGAAGAAGAAGAGGAUGUUUCACACAGCAGUGACAGCUUCUGGAGGAGUUUAUAAUUUGUGGCAGUGUAGAAUAAUGUACUACUGGUUCCAAAAGUUCAAGAAUGGGCCUGGCUCUGAAAUGGGAGGGUUCACCAGGAUUUUGCAUUCAGGGUUUGCUGAUGAUUACAUGCAUGAGAUCCCUACUUUUGUUGCUCAGCCACUUUCAGAUGGAGUGGAUCAGGGUUAUAUUGUACUCCAUAGACCUUGGGCUUUUGUUCAAUGGUUGAAGCAAGCAAACAUCGAAGAAGACUACAUCCUGAUGGCAGAACCAGAUCACAUUAUCAUAAAACCGAUACCAAACUUAUCUCAAGACGGUCUUCCAACUGCAUUCCCGUUUUUCUAUAUUGAACCCAAAAAAGAAGAGGCCAUUCUCCGAAAAUUCUUCCCAGAAGAAAAUGGACCUAUUACCAAUAUUGAUCCAAUAGGGAACUCCCCUGUUAUCAUUUACAAGGAACUUUUACAAAAGAUUGCUCCAACUUGGAUGAAUGUUUCAUUAGCUAUGAAAAAAGAUCAUGAAGCAGACAUAACUUUAGGUUGGGUCCUGGAGAUGUACGCUUAUGCUGUUUCAUCUGCUCUUCACGGUGUGACUAGCAUCUUAUACAAGAACUUCAUGAUACAGCCUCCAUAUGAUAUGGAACUAGGAGACAAGUACAUACUACAUUACACUUAUGGGUGUGACUUUGAUUUGGAGGGGCAAUUUAUGAAUGGAAAAAUCGGGGAGUGGAGAUUUGACAAAAGAUCUUAUGAAGAAACAUGGCCUCCAAGAAACCUUUCAUUACCUCCUGCUGGAGUGCCCGAAAGUGUGGUUACUCUGGUGAAAAUGGUGAAUGAGGCAACAAGCAACCUACGUAAUUGGGGAUCCUGAAUAUAACAAUAGUGUUAUAUUUAUAAUUAAGAUUUUUUAUUUUUGUAAAUACCGCACCCAGAUAAUAAAUGAAUUCGAGGAAAGAGAUUUGCUUCAUUUUAAAUAGUUCUUCUAUUUUCA